AUGGAGGCGAGAAUGGCAAUGGACGAUUGCUCGUUGCAACUCUAUCGCGUGUUUGCUAAAUACGAGGCCGAACGGCACUCGAUCUUGUACACGGAGCUCGACAUGGUGCGUCAAGUACUCCACGCCAUGUACGUCAAGAAUGCGGCAUUAACAGCAGUACGCACCGUUCCCAUUUUGGUGAAAUCCCCAAAGAACGAAGAAGAGCUGUUCGGCAUCAUGUGCGAUCAAGGCAUCAAAACGAAACAAGGCGGACCGAAAGGUGCAUUGCGAAAAAACUCACUUCAGUUCACGACGGACAAUAUAUAA